AUGUCGACCAAGCCGCCCCGCGGAGAGCUCACGGACUCUGAUUCGGAGAACUCAUCAGAGGAGCUGACAGAGGUGGUUUGUCUGGAGUCAGACCUGCAGGAUGGACAGAUGAUGGAAGUUGAAGUUGGACAUCACGGUGUGCUGCUGACGCGCAGCGGGGGUAAAUACAGCGCCAUUGGGAACCAGUGUACACACUACGGCGCUCCACUUAGCAAAGGUUUUAUUUCAGGGAACAGAGUGCGCUGCCCGUGGCACGGCUCCUGCUUCAAUGUCCACACAGGCGAUCUAGAGGAAUACCCGGGCAUCGACUGUCUACCUUGCCACAAAGUCCAUAUUCAAAACAGCAAAGUGUAUGUGUCCAUAAAUAAAAAGACUCUCAGGCAGGAGAAAAGGAUAAAGCGUAUGGGCACUGCAGUGCCAGGAGUUACUCACACUGUUCUGCUGCUGGGAGGAGGAGCCGCGUCACUCAUCUGUGCUGAGACGCUGCGGCAGGAAAACUUUGGUGGCAGGAUCAUCAUGGUGACCAGAGAAGACCUCCUACCUUACGACAAAACGCGACUGAGCAAGGUGAUGAACGUGGAGAGCGACAGCAUCCUGAUGAGGAGGAUGGAGUUUUUCCAUCAGUAUGACAUAGAGGUGUGGCUCAGGAAAGAAGCGCUUUCCGUGGACACAGACAAGAAGACGGUCACAUUUGAUGAUGGUUCAGUCCAGAGCUACGACCAAGUCCUCAUCUCAACUGGCUGCAGAGCAAAGGGUCUGGAUGUUCCCGGCAUGAACUUGGGGAAUAUCAAGAUGUUGGAGACGCCAGAGGACGCCCGGCAAAUCCACGCAGCCUGUACGGGCUCCAAUGUUGUCCUCGUGGGAACCUCAUUUGUUGGGAUGGAGGUGGCAUCUUACUUGACAGACAAAGCCUCCAGUAUCACAGUGAUAGGCAGCAGUGAGAUGCCGUACCAAAAUACGCUGGGUCCUGAAAUCGGCAAACUCACCAUGACGAUGCUGAUUGACAGAAAUGUGAAAUUCUACAUGAAUGAUAACGUGACGGAGGUCCGAGGUGUGAAUGGCAAGGUGAAGGAGGUUGUGCUGAAAAGUGGAAAAGUCAUCCCAGCUGAAGUUUUGAUUGUAGGUAUUGGCACCAUGCCGAACUCAGAGUACCUAAAGGACAGUAAAAUACAGAUGACCUCAAAAAACUUUGUAAAAGUCGACAAGUACAUGCGCACCAAUGUCCCCGAUGUCUUCUGUGGUGGUGAUCUGGCCAUGUUCCCACUGGCCAUGGCUAAAAACAAGAUGGUUAACAUCGGACACUGGCAGAUGGCACAAGCACAGGGGAGGAUAGUAGCUCUGAACAUGCUAAACAAAACAACUGAACUGAACUCAGUCCCUUUCUACUGGACCGUCCUUGUGGGUAAGACCAUCCGAUACACAGGCUACGGGGAGGGAUACACUGAGCUCGUGAUAAAAGGAAAGUUUGAGGACAGGAAGUUCCUCGCAUUGUACAUCAAGGAUGAUGAGGUCAUAGCAGCAGCUGGCCUGAACUUUGAUCCAGCAGUGUCCGCAGUAGCUGAGAGACUCGCAACAGGAAAAGUCAUCACAAAAAAAGAGGCCCAAUCAGACGACCUGAGCUGGCUGCAGCUGUCCUGAUAUUCAGCUCCUUACACUCGUCUGUCCAAUGUUAGGUCCUCCGUGUGUCUCUUCUUCAGCACGGCUCACGAAAAGGACCAGGGGGAGUUUGGAGACGUGGACUGAAAUUUUUCAGUCGGAAGAGACAAACUUCACUUGCGGAGGGAAAGAGCACCAAACACAGUGAAAGCUGCAGUAACAGCUCAGCAUCUAAUACGGGCUGUGUGGAAGUGCAUACUAUGCAUUCAGUGUUCAUGUGAGGGGGAGUCCAAAUGUCAACAACAGAUACCUCAAAAAGAUGCAGCUUAUAGGUCUUCUUUUUUAAAUCUAUUUUUUUUUGUCAUUAAUUUAACAGAUUUUUUUUUUUUUUAAUUUCAGGGAUUUAUGUCUCCAGGAGUGUUUCAGUAACAGUCCAGAGACAUCGCCGUUUAAGAUGCCUCAGUAUGUUCUCUGCUGUUAGUGUUUAAAGCUGACUUUUACUUGGAUGGGGCAGCUGGAAAAACAUAAGUGACCUUAAUGCCCACUGCAUCCGCAUUUGUGGUCCGGUCAGUGAGUCGGAGAGGGGGGGGAUUAGGAAAACAGAGGCAGCAGUGUUCAGCUCUUUGAAACAGAGAUGCUGAAACAGGCAAUGGUAACAAAACACACCAACAGCAAACAAUAGGCCUGCAGCAAACGACGAACAAAAGCACUGCACAACAGAAAUGCUGCGUUUCUCUCUCUCCCCCUGCCUCAAUCGCUCUGCUGCUAUCUUUAAUUCACACCUCAGCUUUUACUGUUCGCUCUCAGCAGGAUGCCUCAGUUCACCCAGGACCUUUCAGGGCCAGUUCCAGUUAGUAGUACCAGUACCAGUAGUGAUAUUUUAGGUGGUAGUAGGUGGUAAUGGCUUUUUUUCUCUCUGUACUAAUGUUGCAUGUCAAAGAUUUAGGGUUUUUUUCUUUGCAAAGGGCAGGCUAAACGUUUUUUUUUUAUUAGCAUUUGAAUUGAAACUUGUUGCCUGCCAUUUUAAUAAAAUCGAAGCUCUUAUCUUAUGUAAGAGAAAAAAAAUUGGCUAAUGGUGCAAACUAAAUACAAUGAAAAUCAAGAUCUGGUGAUGCAGGGAAAAAAUGGCUAAUUCUACAGAUAAUUAAGGAUAGAGCAGGUGUAUUGCAUUGCACAACAGAUGACUGACUCCUGUGAUAUUCAUGUUACCUCAUUUCUGUGUGAACAAUGCAUUUACAGUAUAAUGCUGUAAAUUCACAGGAACCCAGUCACUCUGUAACAGCAAGUAAUCUAUGAUAUCCUCGGUAUAAGAACGUUAUUAGAUUUGUUCUCUUGAGGUGACAAGAAGAAGACACAUUGAUGAGCAUCAUCAGCCCUCUUGUUAGUAACAGCGUUGUUAUUAAUUCAAAGUGAUUCUUGAUGCCAAGAGUAAGAAUAAAAGUGAAGUACUUGUCAUUUAAA